GCGAGACAAACGGCCUCGAGCUGCCAAAGUUGUCGCAGGCGGUUUGCAAGUCGAUGCGCGACCCUGCCACACAAGCUCUGGCAAAGUCGCAGCUCCCGGAGGCCCGUUUGGCGGCCAUCCACGUUCUUCGGGAGCAGCACAAGAGCGGUGCCCUACCUGCCGGCAUCAACACGCUCUGCUAUGAUCCGGUCCACGUUGUCCGGGCAGCUGCAAGAGAUCAGUGGGUGGCAUUGGGAGGCAAAGAUGAAGGAUGGAGGAAAAAGAAGACUGACGAAGAGAAAGAAGUUGAGGAGGACGAUGAGUGA